AAAGUGAAGGAUUUUGUCUCCAGGACAUUACCCUUCCCGUGAUUCUUUUGGUUCCUCCUCCAACGAACCAGUAGACAAACCACCUGAUACGCCCGCCGCGAAUUUCAAUUAGCAACUUGGUUGGGCAUGCCGAAAUCCUCUCGAUUCCUCAAUCUAGGGCUGGGAUUCUUAUCCAGGCCAAUCGAUUCUUCAAUUUUGUCCGCAAGAAUUGUUCAGUUGUGAGCUGAGCUUCUGACGAUCAUCAAAAACCACCAGCUGUUAGCAGCAACCAAGAUUUUAUCUGGGAUGGGAUUGGGAUUGGGAUUGGAGUUCUUCAAGUUUUGGUAUUGGAUUUCCAUCACUGAGAGCUCAUAGGUAAUGGAGGACCUCAAAGAAAGGCUGCUUCCACCAAAAGUCCCAAAACCUGCUUCAGCUGUAAACCUUCGCGAAGCAUCUUAUCGACCAUCCGCACUUGGAAGGCAACCUUUUCAAAGUGUGGAUGUUCUGGGGCUGAAGAAGCGGGGCCAGGGUCUUCGGUCCUGGAUUCAUGUUGAUACGUCUGGCAGUUCUCAGAUCAUUGAGGUUGAUAAGUUCACUAUGAUGCGUCGUUGUGAUCUUCCUGCCCGUGACCUACGGCUGCUUGAUCCUCUAUUUGUUUAUCCUUCAACCAUCCUUGGAAGAGAGAAAGCUAUUGUAGUUAAUCUAGAGCAGAUUCGAUGUAUUAUUACAGCCGAUGAGGUUCUACUUUUGAAUUCCCUUGAUAGCUAUGUAUUACAGUAUGUGGUGGAGCUUCAGAGAAGAUUAACAACAAAUGGAGUAGGUGAUGUUUGGCAGUCUGAUGGUUCUGACUUAAAUCGGCUGAGGGGAAAUAGAAAUUUUGAUAGUGUGUUUGGGAGCACAUCUCCUGAUUAUUUGCCCUUUGAGUUUAGGGCUUUAGAAGUUGCUCUUGAGGCUGCCUGUACAUUUCUCGAUUCUCAGGCAGCCGAAUUAGAAAUUGAAGCAUAUCCAUUACUGGAUGAGCUCACGUCAAAGAUCAGUACACUGAACUUGGAACGUGCUCGUCGUUUGAAAAGCAGACUUGUUGCCUUGACCCGGAGAGUUCAGAAGGUUCGUGAUGAAAUAGAGCAGCUCAUGGAUGAUGAUGGAGAUAUGGCUGAGAUGUACCUGACUGAGAAGAAAAGUCGCAUGGAGUCGGCAUUUUAUGGCGAUCAAUCUAUGAUGGGGUACAGAUCUACUGAUGGUGCAUCUCUUUCUGCUCCUGUUUCUCCUGUAUCUUCACCUCCCGGUGGCCGAAAGCUUGAGAAAAGCCUCAGCAUUGCAAGGAGUAGACAUGAAAGCAUGAGGAGUUCAGAUAGUGCUACAGAGAGUAUAGAAGAGCUUGAGAUGUUGCUGGAAGCAUACUUCGUCGUCAUCGAUAGCACCCUGAAUAAGCUGACAUCGUUGAAAGAGUACAUUGACGACACUGAAGAUUUCAUUAACAUUCAACUGGAUAACGUUCGAAACCAGCUGAUUCAAUUCGAGCUACUGCUCACAACUGCGACGUUUGUUGUUGCAAUGUUUGGGGUUGUGGCCGGAAUCUUUGGGAUGAACUUCACAAUACCGAUGUUUGAUGAGCCUGCUGCAUUUGAGUGGGUACUUAUAAUUACAGGAGUAACCGGCUUUUGCAUAUUUUCUGCAUUUGUGUGGUUCUUCAAGUAUCGAAGAUUGAUGCAACUAUAGAUGUAAAAUUAAACCUCAAUCAAGGAUAAUGGAAAAUUCAAUUUAUUGCUAUUCUCUAUGUACGUUUCUCUUAUUAAUCGAAAGAGAAAUUUUGUUCCGACCCAACAUUUCAAUUUACCUUGAAAUUUCUGUUUUACGCCCAUGUACUAAUUGUGUGUAAAAAGAAAAAACCAUAACCUACCGAUUAUGAUACUAAGUCCACUUCAUUUCACUUAGUAUACAUAAUAUCGUUUGUUU